AUGCACUACUUUGGGCUUCCUCACUCGGACUUUUUCAAGUACCCAUCCACCAGCUUGGGGCCCCCCUCGGCUCCCUUUGAAAACGCCCUUUUGGCGGCCGUUUUCGACGCCUCCAUGAAAGUGUCUAUGCCCUUGACCAUUGCCAUCGUGUACUUUUCCGUGGUGCACUUCGUCAAUCCUUUAGUGAUCGCCAGGCAGAAGAAGAAAGCCCACUUGGAGAAUGAAAAACUCACCGAGACCCAGGUCAAGCGCUUGGCGCCCGCUCCGUUCCACAUAGCAAAAUCGCCCUUGUUCAAGUUGUUCGUGCUCUUGCACAACGUGUUUCUUUGCGUCUACUCGGUGUGGACGUUUGUCAGCAUGCUCCAGUGCUUUGGCAAAACGGUGGCCUCCAUGUCGUUGAGGUACAACUCCCAGAGCAGGCUCUCGAAUUUCGUGUACGCCGUGUGUGACGUGGAAAACGGAGUUUUCAACCAGGACUUCAUGACGAAGAACUUGACCAUUCUCGGCUGGUGGUUCUACAUGCUGAAAUUCUACGAGGUCAUCGACACCAUCAUCAUCUUGCUCAAGGGGAAGCCCUCGUCGCUUUUGCAGAGCUACCACCAUGCGGGCGCCAUGAUGUGUAUGUGGAGCGGCAUCCGUUACAGGGCGCCUCCCAUCUGGAUUUUUGUGGUGUUCAACUCGUUUAUCCACUCGUUGAUGUAUUUCUACUUCUCCUUGUGCUGUAUCAGAGUGAGGGUGCCAGUGAUAGCCAAAAGAAUACUCACCUCGCUCCAAAUCUGCCAGUUUGUGUUUGGCGGCUCCUUGGCCGUGUUCCACGCUUUUGUGUGGUACUACGACACCCUGAGCAACUCGUACAACAACUGCAUCCACAAUGCUGAGCAGGCGAUGCCUCUCAUGAUCAAUGUGGCCUACUUGACUCCUUUGACCAUGUUGUUCGCGGCAUUCUAUAUUGAGAGCUACAUCAAGGGCGGGAAGAAGUGA